CAGAAUCUGAUUACACCAUUACAUAUAAAAAUGAAUUAAUGUUUUCACAAACAAUUCACAAGAAUUAAACUUUUCAUUUUCUAAUUCUUGACCAUGUCAGUAGGCAUUUACAAUAUUUUGGAUAUAACUGGCGCCUUGCUCGACGCAAUCUUAAAAGAAUUAAAAUCUGGCAGAAAAGUCGCUAUCACUAUCAAAAAUUGUUCUUCACAAACUCUUGAAAACCCCAAAAUAUUUAUAAAGUCUGGAACAUGUAGAAAAGGAUUUCCUCCUAAUCCAAUCCCAACGGGUAAAGGUGUGGUCUGGGCUGCCAAUAAGACCUCUUAUUCGACUUGGGGAACGUCAGGAGUUAUUGUGUACCAUAUCAAAACCGAAAAAUGGAAUAGGUCUUUAGCCUUUAUGUGGAAAAUUCCAUUCUCCUACGUCAAUCAUGCAAAUUGGUGGAAAAUUAAGCUUUAUGAAGGUUUGGUAGAAGUUAAUAAAGAAUUUUAUGAACGGAUGCGCUAUGAAGACAAACCUCAUAAAGGAGAUGGCAACCCUUUUAACGGUGAUCUAGGCGGUGGUUGGAGUUACGUGGGAACAAUGGGAGGUGCAGGCAAAUGUACUAUCGAUAUUACUAUUACUGAUGGUAAUAAUGAGCCGUGCUUUUAACACAUCUAAGUAUACAAAUUAAAUAUUUUUAUGG